UGUCUGCAGCGCUUGCGAAAUUGAAGAACCGUGUCAGUCUUCAAUGAGCUGACGAUUUCUGAGGAAGUGUCUUGUUGAGGAGCCCUUCUCAUUUUUGCCCAGGCGGGGCCGCAAUUUGACGAAUGAAUACAAGAAGCACUCGUGAUGGGCACGGCAGUUCUUUCUCGUGUACUGAAUCAUGCGAAUCACUUCAUGAGAAAGAUUCGUUGACCGAAUCGUUCAGUUCUUUUUCACCAAAUCCUUCAGUUAACUGAUGCAUCCCUGAGGUUCACGGUCACCGAAGGACUACGCGUCGUCGUUGUCACGUAUGGUAAACUCGGAAAGGCGGGGAGAAUAUUCAAAACAACUUGGGCUAAAUGAUCACCGACCCAUCUGUCUCUCAGCAAGCUCUCGAACGUGCGUGCGGCGAGCUCAGCGAGCGACCGACCGUCCUUCCGCUAGGCCUGACUUGUCCGCAUUCCGCCGCCAGCCGCCAGCCGCCAGCCGGCCUUCCUGCUCACUCGCCUUACUGUUAUUGUCAUCGGAUUAGUGGAAAGCGGCUUUGAGUGUCUGGAGAAGCGCUAGAGAGCUUUCAUGUAUUAUUAUUAUUUGGAUGAAAUAAAAAGCUUGAAUCCACUAGAGAAUUCAUAUUUAUUCUUAAUUUACAUUUGUUUUCAUUAUGACUCAACGUUAGCCGUUAGCUUGAAGAAACGGCUGCUAGUGACAGCUUUCCCCGCGAGGACGUCAGAAUUUCGCGGUUCAAAUCGCUCCUGAGGACGUUCACUGCGUUGUACGUCGUUCGGUUAGCUUCGUUCUUCUGAACGAAACCACAUUACCGCGCACCGAGUUUCUCGGCCAAUGACACUGCAGCUAGGCCAGACCAAGGCCGAAGGACAAGCGCGUCAAAGCCAAAAGGUAAGCAAAGCUGCAGUGUUGGCAUGUUGACUUGAACCAAAUGUAUCAGAAGUGAUACUUGAGGUUUUGAGGCUUCUUCAUCAGGGUUAGGGUUGUUUUAUAUUUGUAGUUCGGCAUCGAGGCUUCACCUCGUUGCUAUUGUAUUUUUUAUUUUUUCCCCUAUCCCGUUAUUCGGGGGGAGCCCCGCGAAUCUGCGGUAAUUUUCUGCGACCGGACCAUCCGCCGACAUCCCCCGGACUCACGGCUGCGGUGUCCUUGAGCAAGACACGGAUACCCCGAAUUGCUCCCCGGGCGCUUCAGCUGCCCCCUGCUCCAGUGUGUUCCACUAACGUGUGUGUGUGUGUUCACUGUGAUGGGUCAAAUGCAGAGAAGAAAUUCCGUGUGCAUGCAUGCAUGCAUGUUCAUGACAAAAAAUCUUCUUCUUCUUCUUAAUUUGAAUGGUCUGUCCAUUAUUUCAGGCUUUAAAGGGAUUGGGUGUGGUUAUGUGAGUAUUACGACCAUUUUUAAGCCUUGUGUAACUAAUAUUUGCUGGAUGUUGUGUAAAAUGGAUCUGGAAAAAAAGUGCGAAUGUCGUGAAUAUUAAAACCAUAAGGUUUUACGCUGAAGUUACCGGAAGCAGCGGUCGUUGCGGCGAACAGACACACUGUGCCUGCAUGUUCGGUAUAUGAUUGCUAACUUGACAAAAGCGGAAGUGGAUCUUUGCGUCGUUUCCGGGAAACGAAAAGUCCUAAGUGACUCACUCCACUCAGGAAACUCUUGGUUGCAGCCACCCGUCAUACUAAAUUUGAAACGACGCCUCCAAAAUUACUCGCUCCAAGGAGAAAUACAUACAAGAAGUCCAAAUCCAAAGGAGACGUUUUUGUUUCGACGAGCCAACCUCACCAGGACUGACUCGUUUCCACUCGGCGUGAGUCUUCAUAUUGGACAAUAAGAUUUGAGUUGCUGUUAGCUUUUAGCCCUUUUUAGCUCGUUAGCUUGUUAGCUGAAUCGAUUUGACGGCGAUGGAAGACAAACGAACUGCGAACUGGCCGCAGCCGGACGGAACCCAGCGGAAACCGAAUCCGUUCAACUUGAUGAUCAAACACAGACAUGUUCACAGGAGAGGACGACGCUCACACGUGACCGUCAGUUACACAGACCCCCAGGUGUCGAUGGACCUCCUGAGGGCGGUUCUCCAGCCCAGCUUCAACAAUGACAUCAUGGCCGUCUUCAGGAAAUACCACAAGUUUUUCGAGAAGGCGGCGCAGAACGUGAAGGAGAACGUCGGAGAGGACGUGCACACGGAUCACCUCAUCACAGAAGCGUGCAGGAAUGUUCUGGAACAUGCCAAGGUGUUGUUUCCCGAAAGUGACGUGAAGAAGUCGAGCUCUGAGGCCAACGUCAAGCGUUCCCGAGGUUCCGAAGACGGCUGCAGCCAGAGAGGAAGUCCAGUCCCCAAAAAGAGGAAAAACCGCGUGAGCGGCGCAAUGGCGUCUGAGCGAUCUUGCAACUUCGCCACUCACGUGAAGGCGAAGUGCGACGCCGUCAAGCGAGACGGACCCAAGUGGGAGCCUUCCAGACUGAGUGAAAGCAGCACGUUUGUUUUGGGCUCCAGAGCCAACAAGGCGUUAGGCAUGGGCGGGACCAGAGGACGGAUCUACAUCAAACACGCCGACCUCUUCAAGUACGCGGCGGACACCAAGGACAAGCAGUGGCUGGCCGAGCGUCACCACAUGAGGGCGACGGGCGGCAAGAUGGCUUACCUGCUGAUCGAGGAGGACGUCCAGGAUCUGGCGCGCGGUGACGAGUACAGGGACUGCCCGGACAUGAAGCUGGACGAGAUGAAGCCGUUCUCGGUGCCCGCGUGGAUGGUGGAGAAGAUGCAGAGGCUGAUGGCGGCUCAGAGGGGCAUGGAACUCUGAAGCCGCGACCGAUUCGCAUUUCCGUGUUUCGGGAAGGAAAAAUAUGACAGAAAUAAAACGGUGUGCUGCGGA